UGUAAAUGGAGGGAUCACAAUAAUAAUAUCAAUACUUAAUGGCAGAUGAAUACUUUUUAGAAAACAACGAAAACUAUACAGCUUUUAAACAUGAAGAUAUUUAAUUUUUAGUCAAUUUAUCAGAUUAUGAUGCUCCCAUUUUUUAACCCUCCAAAAUUCAUAAUCCAUAUGCAAGUCUAAUUGGAAAUUAUUGUAUUUCUGGUAAGAUAAUUAUUCUUAUGAUUAUUAGAUUCAUCUAUUACUUUUAUCAAUAAGGUUGAUCCAAUCUUUGUUGCUAUUAAAGUACUCAGAAAUAAAUUUGAAAAUGAAUAAUAAAAACACAUCGUUGAAUUUGAGAAUAUUUUUAAUAAUGAAGAUUCUUUUGAACAUUAUCUAAGUAAGUGCAAAUAAAUAAGAGAUAACAUUGAUUGUAUAUGCACCACAAAACUAAUUAAUAAUGAAUUAUAUGUUAAAUUGGAUAAACAAAAGUUGUUCCAAUUUUUAGAUGUUAAAUACAAUAAUAUUCAAAAUUAUACUUAAUAAGGUGCAUAUGUAGUAUCAGAUUGCAAUUAAAAAAAAUAAUAAUGUAAAUUAUUGUAUUUAAACUAGAAUUUGAGGUAGAAACUUGUAGAUUGUUUCAAUAAUAUAUCGGAUAAUAAUUAUAUUCUGAGUAUCAAGCCACAAAAAUAGUUAUUGUAGAAAAUAGACCAGAAAUUCUAGAUUUUUAGAAUGAAAAAGAAGAUCGAUAAUAAGGAUAAAAUGCUAAGCUGAAUGCCUCAAAAAAGAAAUCUUAAUAACCUAAAAUAAAACAAUCAGAAUAGAAGACUCUGGAUGCAGGUAAAAACUGUUAAAAAAUGGAAACUUUUUUCAUCAACAAAACAUAAUAAAAUAAAUGA